AUGUCCCUCCCUUCAACGACGGAUUGGCGAGUUCGCGUAUCCGACGACGUGCAAUCGCUUCUUCCUCUAUCAACCGGCAUAUUCUAUAUUGUGGCAUCUACUGUCGAUUGUGUCGUCUCCAGGGAUCGAAAGUCACGGUCAUCACCUUUACAAUAUGCGAUUCGCAAUGCUACAAUAUCGUCUAUGGUAGUUCUUCUCACCUCUUAUUGCAUCACUGCGGCACUAUUAUCCUAUGAAGCCUUCUCUAGGAGACAGCAUGUAUCCGAAGAUCCUAUCGUAUUCUCUCUUGGCUCAAUAUUGUUAUGGGCUUUCUUAAUUUCCCGGUUCUCUAGUGGUGUUCCUACACUUGGAUAUCCCUUCUGGAGUUGUUGUGUCGCUUAUUUGGCUGGCGAGUCAGCUCUUCUCUGCAUUCAGUUAUCAGCUCAUGUGCCAAUCCACACAAGUGUGAGGGAAGGCUACGAACACGAUAUUUCUAGCGCUGAAGAGACCCGUCCGUUGCUACACGGUCUACGGGACAAUACGUCCUAUUCAGCGGCCUGCAAUAAUCAUUCGAGCAUCAGCGAGUCGAGUCAAGAUACGACCUCAAAUGAAGAGAUAUCGACCCUAUCACAGAGCUUGGAAGUGCUGAAGUUCGCUGUGCCUCUUUUGUGGCCGAAAGAUCGACUCGCACUACAGUUUCUUUUUAUUGGAGUUGGCCUCUGUUUGCUUGCCGAUCGUCUACUUGUUGUCUACGUUCCUAUUCAACUGGGUAUACUCACCGAUAUUCUGGCUAAAGAGAAGACCUUGCCGUGGCAGCAAAUCACGAUCUUCGUUCUCCUCCGGCUACUCGAAUCAAGCGGUGGGAUUUCAGCACUCAGAGCCUACAUGUGGCUGCCGGUAGAGCAAUACACUUAUCAGCGAAUAACAGUAACUGGUUUCAAUCAAGUUAUGGACCUUUCGUGCGACUUCCAUGACGACAAGAGUUCUGGUUCGGUGUGGCAUGCGAUCAACCGCGGAACGAUCGUUCAGAACGUGGUUCGCAAGGUGCUUUUUCAAUUUAUACCGAUGAUUUCCGACCUUUUUAUUGCGGUGGCUGUGUUGCACGCCAUGUUUGGCCCGUACAUGGGCUUGAUCACUGCGGCAAUUAUCGGGCUCUUUAUAUGGUCGUCUAGCACAAUAGCGGAGCUACAAAAAGUAAAUCGCAAGAGAUACAUCGCAUCAAUUAGGAAGGAAGUCAAUACUCGAUGUGAGGCAACGAACAAUUGGCUCACCGCUACGUAUUUCAACAGAAUUGAUUAUGAAAAGCAUCGUCAUUCUUUUGCGGUCCAUGAUCGUCUCGACUCAGAGUUAUCCGUCCGUCGAUGGUCGCGCACGGAGAACUUUGUGCAAUCGUUGAUCCUAUCACUUGGGUUGAUAGGUGCUUGCUUUAUAGCUGUUUAUGAAGUCUCCAACGGUGAAAGGCCAGUCGGAAGCUUCGUCAUGCUCCUUGGGUACUGGGCUCAGCUCUCUAGUCCACUCGAACUAUUCUCUAGUGGACUCACUUCCAUCACACUUGAUUUAGUCGAUGCCGAGGAAUUUAUGGCUCUCUUGAAGAAAGUACCGUCCGUCGCAGAUAAACCCAGUGCCAGUGAACUACAAGCUCAACCAGGCAAUGUCAGCUUCAAGGAUGUGUCGUUUUCUUACGAUAAGAGACGCGAGGUGCUCAAUGGGAUUACAUUUGAGGCUCAGCAAGGUCAGACUGUAGCAUUGGUUGGAGAGACAGGAAGUGGCAAGUCAACUACUUUGAAGCUAUUACUCCGCCUUUACGAUCCGGAUCGUGGGACCAUCGAAAUCGGUGGCCAGAAGAUAUCUGACGUUUCGCUUGAAAGUUUACGAAACGCAAUUGGAGUUGUCCCACAAGACCCUGUGCUUUUCAACGAUACUUUGUUGAGCAACUUGAAAUAUGCAAACCAAACAGCUACCAUUGAGGAUGUUCACAAUGCAUGCGCUGCAGUGAAACUUCAUGAUCGAUUUCUCAGUUUUCCCGACGGCUAUGAGACUAUAGUCGGUGAACGCGGCAUUAAGCUUUCUGGAGGGGAACUCCAGCGUGUAGCGAUUGCUCGGGUCCUUCUCAAGAAUCCCAAGUUUGUGUUACUGGACGAAGCAACCAGCGCUGUCGACAGCGAGACCGAAGCACAUAUCCAACAUAGCCUAGCUCAACUCACCGCAGGGAGGACUACACUAGUCAUAGCACAUCGCCUAUCGACAGUGAUCAAAGCAGAUCACAUACUUGUGCUCAAAGACGGAAGUAUUACUGAGCGAGGGACCCAUGAAAGCCUCAUCAAGAGCAACGGCUACUAUUGUCGGCUGUGGAAGCAGCAGGUUGGCCUCGAUAUGAAGACGAAUGGAUCUAGCCUGAAGCCCGAGGCUCCAGAAUUUGUUCCUAAGGGAGUGAUGAAAUGA